AUGGCUUCAUUACUUGGAGCCGCAUACGAUUCAAGUGAUGAUGAUACUCCUUCUGUCCCAGUGGCCUCGGCCUCAAAGAUCGUUGCCGCCCCCGAGGUGAACACAGAGGUUUGGUCCCUGCAAAUCUACCAGCACGCGAGUACACCAGGCCUAAUAGACCUACAGGAUCAAGCUCACAUGCAGAUGAUGCUCGCUAAUACGUCCUCCAAAGCACUUACCUACAACGCGACAUACGAUGACCUCUCGCGCCCCUCCCAAGGCCCCUCCAACCCCUUCAAAUCCGCCGACGCAGGAAACGGCCUGAAGCGCAAAAACGUCCCCACGGGUUUCGCCGAAGCUGCUGCCAUCAGCGAGUCCACGUUCGCCGCGCAGCAUCGCACAUUCCAGAGCUUGGGUUACACCCGUAACCCUACGCUUCCUGGCCAGUUUGUUGGCAACCUCGACCAUGCCGCUCAGUUUGGCGGGCGCGACGUUGUGCAGAUGAAGCCUUCUAAGGAGGCGUCGGCGGCGUUGAGAGCCAAGAGGCAGAAGAAGGGCGAUUCCGGUAUUGUCGAGGGUCCGGGCGCGUAUCUCGGACCUUGGGCGAAAUAUCAGGACGACGAUCAGGUCUACGAUGAGGAACUCGGUAGCGACGAGGAGCUCGUUGAGGUGGAUGAAGACGAAGUGGAAGAAGAACAGGUCGGGUCGGCACCCAUGCCGGCCAUGAGCAAGGAAGCAACAGAUUACCAGGACGACACGUCGAAGGUCGAAACGUCGGAGUUCCACGGCUCAGAGCAGUACGACUACCUGGGCAGGACAUACAUGCACGUCCCUCAGGACCUGGAUAUCGAUCUCAAGAAACCCACAGGCAGCAUCAAGAACUACGUCCCCAAGAAGCUCGUCCAUACCUGGAAAUCGCACAACAAGGCCAUCACCUCGCUCCGCUUCUUCCCUCAAUCCGGCCACCUUCUUCUCUCCUCUGCAGCUGACGGCAAAGCCAAGAUCUGGGACGUAUAUCAUUCGCGUGAGCUUCUGCGCACAUUCUCCGGCCACUCCAAGGCCAUCACCGACACAGACUUCCACGUCACCGGCAAGACCUUCCUAACAGCCUCCUACGACCGCCAGAUGAAACUCUGGGACACCGAAACAGGCCAGUGCAUCUCACGCUUCUCGACGGGCAAAACACCUCACGUCAUUCGCUUCAACCCCCACCCGGAACACUCACACGAAUUCCUGGCCGGUAUGUCCGACAAGAAGAUCGUCCAAUUCGACACCCGCUCCGGCGAGCUCGUCCAAGAAUACGACCACCACCUGGCGGCCAUCAACACACUCACUUUCGUCGACCAAAACCGCCGCUUCAUCUCCACAUCCGACGACAAGUCCCUCCGCGCCUGGGAAUACGGCAUCCCCGUGCCCAUCAAGUUCAUCGCCGAACCAUACAUGUUCGCCCUCACGCGCGCAGCGGCCCAUCCAAACGGGAAAUACGUUGCUUUCCAGUCCGGCGAUAACCAGAUCGUCGUCUACGGCGCAACGGACAAAUUCCGGCAGAACCGCAAAAAGAGCUUCCGCGGCCAUAAUAACGCGGGCUAUGCUAUUGACCUCACCAUCUCGCCGGACGGCCAGUUUAUUGCGUCCGGUGAUAGUGCCGGGUACGUGUGCUUUUGGGAUUGGAAGACCGGUAAAAUGUAUCAUAAGAUUCUGGCCGGCGGGAAGGAGGGCGGCGCUACUACUUGUCUUGAUUGGCAUCCGCAGGAGACGAGUAAGGUUGUUACGGGUGGGUUGGACGGAGCUAUUCGAUACUGGGAUUAG